GUCCUGAACAUGAACAUUAGAACUGUUUAAACAUCAUUGAGCUGUUUUGAGCCAGUUAUUAGUGGUGUUUACUAAGAGGGCCACUCCAGCGACACGCUUCGUGAAGCCAGAGCCUUGAAAAGCAAGAGUUUUGUUGGAAUCAGCCGAGUUUGACUGUCAGGGGAGAGUGAACACAGCCGACUGGAAAAACACACACAACCUCGCAGAGACCAGAGUUUAAGUCGCUGAUCUGUCACACUGAAAGAUUUCUAAACAUUAUUAGUGGGUCUACACACAACCUUUCUGAAGUUUGAGCUUGGUCAGAGACAGCAUGGCUGGUGUUCGGAUGUGUUUGACCUCUCUCAUGAUGUGCUGCAAUCUGAGCACAGAUUCAUCUCAGCUGAUUCCCGAGAGCUUGAUUAUAUCUUCAUUCCAAGAGAGUCUUCAGCUGGUCAAUGCCGCACUGAAUCGAACCGCACGAGGCAGGUUAGAUCCUCAGACGCCUCCUUCACAGAUGUACACACUCUCCAGACAGGGAUCGACAGAAACACAACACAUCUGCAGAUCAGCCGAGGUCUUCCACAUGACUCUAGGGCUUUUGAAGGAGAAGGCGAGCAGGAGACAGAGGAGAUCACUGGCUGUGUCAGAAGUCCUUUCGGUGAAGGCAGUGGAGUGGAUAGCGAACCUGUCUGGAUGCCCUCAGCGUUUUCAGCCCAGCACCUGCGCCACACGAGGAAAAUACCGCAGCAUCUCCGGAGUCUGCAAUAACAGGAAGAACCCGCUUUGGGGAUCAGCCAACACCGGCUUGGCCAGAUGGAUCCCUGCGGAGUACGAGGACGGAGAAAACCAACCCAAAGGCUGGAACGCUGGACGCUUAUACAACGGCUUCCCACUUCCUCUGGUUCGAGAAGUCAGUAAUAAAAUCAUGCGUGGCUCCAGCGUGCUCGUCCUGGAGGAUAAGGUUUAUUCCCAGAUGCUGGUGGACUGGGGCCAGUACAUCGACCAUGAUAUCUCCUUCACACCUCAGAGCUCCAGCCAAACAGCGUUCACUGAGGGACUGGACUGUCUGAACACCUGCACCAAUGCCGACCCCUGCUUCCCCAUACAGAUUCCCAAGGAUGAUAAACUGUCCAGGAAUAAAAGCUGUCUCCCGUUUUUCCGCUCUUCUCCGGCCUGUCUAACCAGCGUCCAGAGCCGGCGAGAGCAGAUGAACUCGGUCUCGUCCUUCAUCGACGCUUCAACCGUCUACGGGCACUCAGCAGAGCUGGAGAAGACGCUCCGAAACCUCUCUGGCUCCGAGGGUCUGCUGGCUGUCAAUGUUAAACACACGGACGCGGGCCGGUCGUUCCUGCCCUUCGUCUCCGUGCGGUCCGCGUGCCUCCAGGGUCCCGGGUCGGAGCGGGUCGAGUGUUUCGCGGCGGGUGACAGCAGGGUGAACGAGAUCCUGCCCCUGUCUGUCCUCCACACGCUCUGGGUGAGAGAACACAACCGGCUGGCCCGACACCUGACACGACUCAACCCUCACUGGGGGUCAGAGGUCGUCUACCAGGAGACACGCAGGAUCAUUGGGGCGCUGCAUCAGAUCAUAACCAUGAGAGAUUACAUUCCAAAAAUCAUUGGCCAGGCAGCUUUCGAUGAGUAUAUCGGACCAUACGAGGGUUAUAACGACUCAGUGAAUCCUUCGGUGUCGAACGUGUUCGCCACGGCUGCGUUCCGCUUCGGUCACGUGACCAUCUCACCUGUGCUCACGAGACUCAACCGGAGCUUCCAGGAACACGAGCGCUUCCCUUCUCUGAGUCUUCACCAGACCUUCUUCAGCCCGUGGAGACUCGUACAACAAGGUGGACUGGAUCCGGUUCUGCGAGGUCUUCUGGGCCGUCCAGCUGUCCUGCAGAACCAGGAGCAUCUCAUGACAGAAGAACUGACAGAGAGACUCGUGGUCCUCAACAUCCCGGAGUCUGUGGAUCUGGCGGCGCUGAACCUGCAGCGAGGACGAGAUCACGGCUUACCAGGUUACAAUGCGUGGAGGGUUUUCUGUGGCUUAGACCGAGUUGAAAGCCGAUCAGAUCUGGCAGAGGUGUUCGGGAGUGAUGUUUUGGCAGAGAGAGUAAUGGAUGUGUAUGGACAUCCGGACAGCGUGGACGUGUGGCUGGGAGGAGUUCUGGAGCGGCCGGUGUCUGGAGCCCGGACCGGAGCACUCUUCUCAUGCUUGAUCGGGAAACAGAUGAAGGCGCUGAGGGAAGGAGACAGAUUCUGGUGGGAACAUCCCGGUGUGUUUUCCCCAAAACAAAGACAAGAACUCCAAAGGCACUCUCUGUCUCGUGUCAUCUGUGACAACAGUGGAGUGACGGAGGUUCCUCCUGAUUCGUUCAGAGUCGAAACUUACCCGGAGGACUUUCUCUUCUGCGGGAACAUCCCGUCAUUGAAUCUGGAGGAAUGGAAAGAACAACUGGAUGACGAAUAGAGACUGUAUCCGAGAUGCUGACGGCAUCACCAGAGGCUCAUUUCCAGCAGCAGAACGGUGACAGAGAAUAAAGAGAAAGAGCGGCUGAACAACAUGCACAUAACUGCAGGACUGAUGAAUCAAGACUCUCUUUAUGUUGGAAUAUAAUACACUGAGCACAGGCUCUAAUUAAAGAUGGAUUAAUAAUCUUUACACAGACCUGCCUCAUUCUCCAACGGCACAAAAGCACUGAUCAGCGGAUCGGCUGAAAGCAUUUAGCUCAACUCUGAAGCCCAAUGUAAAAUGCAUUUUACUGCAUGUAUGUUGAGUGAUGUUAGUUCACUGUUUCAAAACUGAAAUAUAAAUGCAAUAUUUUCA